UAUCUUCGUAUCUGAUGCUUUUAUAGACAACGAAAAUGAGUUGCAUAGGCGACGAAAAAGAAUUAUUUACAGAAUCAGUUGAUUCUGCUUUGCCUUCAUCGAUUACAAGUGACUCGUCCCUUCCUUCGUCGCCAGUUAAGUCGGUCCCUGUUGUGUCUUCCUCCCCCUCUCACAGUUUUAGCAAUAACAUUAGCGGUUUACCGGGUCCUGAAACCGUCAUCGAAUACAGAUGGCCUUUAGGUGAUGGCGAAGAUUACAUUCUGCAGGAAACAUUGGCCCAAUAUUUGGGUAUCACCAGUUUUCGUCGAAAGUUUCCAGAUGUUGUUAGACGAAACUGCGAAAUCGAAGAGAGGCGAUACCUGUUGCACAUGAAAAUCAUAAAUUCAAAUGAGGAAAUAUUUGGCGUCACGGCUUUGAAAGCAGACGAUGCUCAUCAACUGAUGCAAUGUCAUUUCCCAGAGUUACACGCAAAGUAUGUUGCGUAUUGGAAACAAAAAAGAGCAGAAGAGAAAGAGAAGGCGGCCCUGUUAGCGAAAACAGAUAUGGUGGCAAUUAAAAGUGACCGAGAAAAAAUGAACAAAUUGAUGCGGGAGGCUAUCUUGGAUACAGCUAGAUGGAGUGCACAAAUUAACAAAGAGCGUCGAACUAGCAGGGCAGCCUAUUUCGAUCUGCAAACGUUCAACAUUCACUACCCCCGCGACAAGCCCAAGUAUGAUCCUGAGAUAUGUAAAUCAAUAAGCGAAGAAAAAGCGCGGUUGGCUACCGUACCACCCUACAGAGAAUACACGAGCGAGCAUUUGAAAUAUCUUCCAUUAAAAACUGUAUCUUGUGGACCGCUGGGAGUCCUAGAACGUGGCGAUACCUCGGAUCCAGUUUUUCCAGAUAGUUCAGACUCCGAAACUGAGGUAACCAUUGAAGCGCCGGAGGUGAAUCCGGUUGUGCCGCCAAAUCCAACCAGCAAUUCCAAACCUAGCUCGUCGAGUAGAAGUUCAAAAAGCGGAUCAAAACCUAGAAGAUCGGCAGCGAAAAGACAAGCAGCAAAUAAUGACAACGGAAUUGAUGAAAAAAGUUGUUCGAGUCCAAAAUCCCGAAAAUCUAGUGGCGCAUCCUCGACCGCGUUCAAAGAAGAAUUACCGUCGAUUUCAGUUGACAGCAUGACAAACAUAGCUUCAAUAUGCGGCAUUUGUUUCAAAAAUAACCAAGAAAACAAGUUCAAUCAACAGGAAAACUUGAUAUCUUGUUCUCAGUGUACCAAUGCGGGACAUCCUACUUGUUUAGAGCUUACAGAUAGUAUAGUUAGCGUGAUUAUGACUUAUAACUGGCAAUGUAUGGAAUGCAAAGUAUGUAUGACUUGCAAAAGCGCAACAGAUGAGGAGAAUUUGAUGUUUUGUGACAAUUGUGAUCGCGGAUAUCAUUCGUAUUGUGUAGGCAUGACUGAAAUACCCAGUGGUAGAUGGGUCUGUGAAAUUUGCGGAGAUGUGACAACGUUUUAUGUUGGGGCAGCCUAUUUCGAUCUGCAAACGUUCAACAUUCACUACCCCCGCGACAAGCCCAAGUAUGAUCCUGAGAUAUGUAAAUCAAUAAGCGAAGAAAAAGCGCGGUUGGCUACCGUACCACCCUACAGAGAAUACACGAGCGAGCAUUUGAAAUAUCUUCCAUUAAAAACUGUAUCUUGUGGACCGCUGGGAGUCCUAGAACGUGGCGAUACCUCGGAUCCAGUUUUUCCAGAUAGUUCAGACUCCGAAACUGAGGUAACCAUUGAAGCGCCGGAGGUUUUUGAUCUGAGCAAAGAGUCUCCUGGCGAAACCCUAUCGAACUGUAUGUCCUGCGAACGUCUAGUUCACAUUGAAUGCGACUCAAAGUUCGCCUCCGAAUGCAAGGCUGAAAAACAUUUCCAACUUGCCUCACCGACCACGAGCAAUAGAAAUAGCAGAAGAAAGAAUCCGUAUAAUUGCAGUAUUUGUAGAGGAGAUAUUGAGGAGAGAAUGGACUCUUUUCACGUGAGGAACAAACAUGAUAAAUGA